UCCCCGUCCCUGGACCUGCCUCUUCCCGCUGUGCCCGCUGCUCCCUGCCUGUGCCCUCCGCCCUUGCCACCCACCCGGUUCCCCUUCCGUGCCCUCCUCCCGUGCCCCUGGCCCGGACUCGCCAUGUGGCUCUGGCUGAUGUCCGGCCUCCUUCUUCUCCUCGUGGCCGUGGGGCUGCUCUCCGCCGUCCUGCUGGGGAGCCGGGGUGGCCCCUUCUCCGAAGACCCCGGCCCCAAGCCCCCUCCCCGCCCCCUGGUCACUGACCAGGCGCUCCGGGACCGGGUCCUGAAGGACGGCUUUGCCCCAGAGAAGGUGCCCGCGGCGCUGGACGCGGUGGUCAUCGGCAGUGGCAUCGGGGGCCUGGCGGCGGCGGCCAUCCUGGCCAAGAGUGGACAGAAGGUGCUGGUUCUGGAGCAGCACGAGCGGGCGGGCGGCUGUACGCACACCUUCCAGGAGCGGGCCUUCCACUUCGACGUCGGCAUCCACUACCUGGGCCAGCUGCACCCUGGAAGCCUGUUGCGGGUGGCACUGGACCAGCUGACCGAUGGCCAAGUGGAGUGGGUCCGGCUGCCAAACCCCUACGACAUAGUGACGGUGGAAGGCAAGGAGUACCAGCUGCGGGCGGGCAAGAGGGAGUUCUCUCGGACCCUGGAAUGCCAAUUUCCAGGGGAGGAAGUGGCCAUCAGCGAAUUCAUGAGACUCAUGAAGCUGUCAGUGACCCGGGUGCCCCUCCUGGCUAUGCUGAAGAUGGUGCCCUUGUGGCUGGCAUCCGCCUUGAUCCGCUCGGGUAUCCUGCACUGGCUCUCACCUGUCUUCCGCCUGGCAGUGUCGGGGCACAGCGCGGUAGUGAAUGGGCUAACAGACAACCGGCAUCUGCGUGUUGUGCUGAGCUACCUCUUCUAUGGCGUGCCGCCCUGCGAUUCCAGCUUUCUCAUCAAUGCCUUGAUGAUCCACCACUACAAGCGGGGCGCGUGGUAUCCGCGGGGCGGCGCUAGCGAGAUUGCUUUCCACAUGGUGCCCAUCAUCCGGGCAGCGGGGGGCGCUGUGCUGGUGAGGGCACCCGUGGUACGCAUCUUGCUCUCAGAGGAUGGCCGGAGCCGAGGUGUGGCAGUGAGGCGGGCGGGCCGGGAUGAGGUGGAGAUCGAGGCCCCAGUAGUCAUCUCGGAUGCGGGCAUCUUCAACACAUACCAGCACCUGCUGCCUCCCAAGGCCCGGAGCCAUCCAGGCAUCCGGGCUCAGCUGUCUCUGGUCCGCCCUGGGAUGGGGUCCUUCCUGGUGUUUGUGGGCCUGCGAGGGGAUAGUGCCCAGCUGGGGCUGCCCUCCACCAACCACUGGAUCUACCUAGAUGGCAAUCUCGACUCAGCGAUGCAGCGCUUUGCCUCGCUGAGCAGGGAUGAAGUGGCAGCCAAUAUCCCCAUGAUGUUCAUCACUUUCCCUUCUGCCAAAGACCCCACCUACCAGCUCACGCACCCGGGCCGUUCCUGCAUGACCCUACUGACCAUGGCCCGCUAUGAGUGGUUUGAGGACUGGGCUGAUGCCCGCCCUGGGCACCGUGGCCCCGACUACCAGAGCCUCAAGAUGGGCAUCGCUCAGCGCCUGCUGGAUCUGGCCCUGGAGAAGUUUCCCCAGCUCCGGGACCAGGUGGAGAUGGUGGAGGCGGCCACCCCGUUGACCAACCAGCAUUAUUUGGCUGCCUACCGCGGGGCGAUGUAUGGGGCGGAGCACAACUUGGCCCGCUUCGACCUCCCAGCCAUGGCCUCCCUGAGGGCGCAGACCCCCGUGCCCGGACUCUUCCUCACCGGGCAGGACGUGUUCAGCAGCGGGCUGGCAGGGGCCUUGCAGGGGGCACUGCUCUGCUCCUCCACAGUGCUCCGACGCCUGCUCCACCUGGACCUGUUGCUCCUCAAGAAGAAGAUCAAGAGGCGGCACAGGGCAAGGAUGUGACCUCCGACCUCCACAGCUGCCCCGCUCCCGAGAGAGGCCCCAGGACAGGCCCAGCCCUCCACCCAGCUCCACCCACAGCUCCUCCAAAAACCUUCCCCAGUGCUCCCCAGGGGCAGAUGCCUCCCUGAGCCCACCCCGUCUGCCCAAACCCAGGGCAACGAGGCCAGCAAGUUGGUGGGUAAUAAAGCAGAGA